AUGGAUCGCCAAGUGAUAGGAAGGGGCCGCGGGAGACCCACUAGACAACACCCGGAAUCGGGUAGAGAUAGAGAGCCCGAGGUCAACCCAGACCAAGGACAAGAGGGCGGGGCCGGAGAUGGAGUGGCCACCGCUAUCAAUCGUAUCACUGAUGUCCUAGAGCGCUUGACUGAACACCAAGCUGCUGGACCAGUGCGCUAUCCAGGAGGCCCAGCCGAUUCUGACGACUGGGCACUGGAAAGGUUCCUGAAGUUUGGACCUCCUAAGUUCUACGGAGGACCUGAACCUGAGAUAGCUGAGGGAUGGUGGGAGAGAAUUUCCGACAUCUUCGCAGCUUUAAACUAUACUGAAGUGCGUCAGGUAACUUUUGCCGCAUUCCAGUUUGAGGGAGCUGCUCGCUCCUGGUGGAACCUGGUUAGGACUAACUGGGACACGAAUCAUACUCCAAGGACUUGGGCAAACUUCACAAGGGAGUUCAAUGCCAAAUUCCUCCCACCGCUCAUCCAAGAAAAGAGGGAGGAUGAUUUCAUAAAAUGUAAGCAGGGGGCGAUGAGCGUCGCCGAGUAUGAAGUCCAGUUUACCAAGCUAUCUCGAUUUGCUCCUGAAUUGGUAGCCACGGAGCAAAGGAGAGUCAGAAGGUUUGUACAGGGUCUGAAUGUAGAAGUGCAGGAAGGUUUAGCUGCCGUGAGGAUUGACACGUUCGCAGAUGCCGUCGAGAAAGCCCAGAGAGUUGAAGUGGCUAGGGCUCAAGUGAAAUCUUUUCAGGCCAAGAAAAGAUUUGCUCCUAGCAGUAGUCGGGAGCCGACGUAUGGCAAUGCUCCACCGGCCAAAGUGGGCCGAGGAAACAUUGGAGUGAAUAGUCCUGGAGCGCCACGAGGCGGCCAAGCAAGAGGAAAUGGGGCCAGGAAUACGGGAGGUCGAAAUAACGGAGCCAGAGGGGGACCGAUUGGAAGGGGACAACCUAGGAAUAUCUCGCAGGGAGGUCGAGCAAUAGUUCCCCAAAUGAAUUGUGCAUUUUGUAAGAAACCUGGCCAUAAUAUAGAUGGUUGUUGGAAGAAGCAAGGGAAGUGCCUGAGGUGCGGCAGUGGCGAGCACCAAAUUGCUGGAUGUCCCAAAAUGCAAGGCGGGACUGCCCCAAACGCUAGACCAAACACCACUGGAGGAGGCCGGCCGACAGUUCCUGCUAGAGUGUAUGCUAUAGGUGACCAACCCGUACCUAACGCCUCGGAAGUGGUGGAAGGUACACUCCCGAUUUUUCAUCGAUUAGCUAAAGUGUUAAUUGACCCUGGUGCAACCCAUUCAUUCGUUAAUCCAUCCUUUAUGUCUGGAAUAGAUGUGCAACCUGUUAGAUUACCCUUCGAUCUUGAAGUUAAGACACCCAUGGGUAAUAAAAAGGUAAUCACUAGUCUGGCUUAUAGGAAUUGUGAAUUCUGGAUUGGAGAGCGUAAAAUGCUAGUGGAUUUGAUCAGUCUGGAUAUAAAAGGUUAUGAUGUUAUAAUAGGAAUGGAUUUUCUAGGCCAUCAUCAUACUAAACUUGACUGUCGAGCAAAAGUGGUGGAAUUCUGUAUACCUGGUGAAGCCACCCUGAGGUUAGAUGUCAAGGGUAGGAUAGCAUCUUCUGCUAUGAUCUCAGGAAUUCGAGCAAGGAAAAUUUUGUCUAAAGGAGCGCAAGGUUUCUUAGCCUUCUUGAUAAAUGCUCCCAGUGACCAAGUGAGGUUGGAGGAUGUACCAGUGGUACGGGAGUUUCCGGAUGUUUUUCCCGAAGAGCUUAAGACUCUACCGCCGGAAAGGGAAGUGGAAUUUAAGAUUGACUUGAUGCCUGGAACGGCUCCAAUUUCCAGGACCCCGUAUCGAAUGGCUCCUGCCGAGCUAAAAGAAUUGAAAAUUCAAUUACAAGAUCUGUUGGAGAAAGGUUUUGUGAAGGAGAGUGACUCACCUUGGGGAGCACCCGUCCUAUUCGUGAAGAAAAAAGAUGGAAGCUUGAGGUUGUGUAUCGAUUAUCGAGGGUUGAAUGAGGCUACCAUUAAGAAUAAAUACCCUCUACCGUUAAUCGAUAGCUUGUUCGACCAACUGCAAGGGUCAGUGGUCUUCUCUAAGCUGGAUUUAAGGCAAGGGUACUAUCAGUUGAAGAUCAAGAAGGAAGAUAUACCUAAGACUGCUUUUAGUACAAGAUAUGGACAUUUUGAGUUUGCAGUCAUGCCUUUUGGAUUAACCAAUGCACCAGCUGCUUUCAUGGACCUAAUGCAAAGAAUUUUUAAGAAGUACUUGGAUCAGUUUGUAGUGGUUUUCAUAGAUGAUAUCCUGAUUUACUCUAAGUCUCGAGAGGAGCAUGCUAAGCACCUAGAGGUGGUUUUGCAGAUAUUAAGAGAACAUAAGCUAUAUGCCAAAUUCAGCAAGUGUGAGUUUUGGUUGACUGAAAUAUCUUUUCUAGGGCACAGAGUUUCUGAGGACGGUAUUGCCGUGGACCCGGCAAAAGUUGAGGCCGUUAUAAAUUGGAAACAACCAGAAACUCCAACCGAAGUUAGAAGCUUCUUGGGUUUAGCAGGUUAUUAUAGGCGAUUUAUUCAGGAUUUCUCGAAAAUUGCAGGACCUAUGACUGAGCUAACCAAGAAAGGGGCUAAGUUUGUCUGGACUCCGAAGUGCGAGUCAAGUUUUCAGGAGCUAAAGAAGCGGUUAACCUCCGCUCCCGUUUUGGUUUUGCCUGAUGGAGGUGAAGGUUAUGCUGUAUAUUCUGAUGCCUCCAGAGAAGGUCUGGGAUGUGUUUUAAUGCAAAUGGGCAAGGUAGUUGCUUAUGCUUCUAGGAAAUUGAAACCCUACGAGCAAAACUACCCAACCCAUGACCUAGAACUAGCCGCAGUAAUUUUUGCCUUGAAGAAAUGGAGACACUACUUGUACGGCGUGACUUUUGAGGUUUUUACGGAUCAUAAGAGCCUCAAGUACUUGUUCUCCCAAAAGGAGCUGAAUUUGAGACAAAGGCGAUGGGUAGAAUUCCUGGAAGAUUAUGAUUGCUCGAUUAAUUACCAUCCAGGAAAAGCCAACGUGGUGGCUGACGCUCUAAGUAGAAAGGCCCAAGUAGCAGGGUUAAUGGUAAAAGAAUGGGAUAUGCUAGAAGAAAUAAGUGGUUGGAACCCUCGCUUGGAAAAUUUGAAGGUUUUGUUAGGGAACCUAUCAUUGAAGUCACCGUUACUAGAGCGGAUUAAGGAAGCCCAGAAAACAGACCCUAUGAUUCGGAAGAAUUUGGAGAAAGUACUGAAAGGGGAAACAUUAGACUUCAAAUUAGGGCCUGAAGGGGUACUGAGGUUUCGAGACCGAAUUGUGGUUCCGUCAGUUGAAGAGAUAAGAAAAGGAAUUCUAGAAGAAUCACAUCGGUCAAUGUAUACUAUACACCCAGGUGUGACUAAAAUGUAUCACGAUGUAAAGGAAUUGUACUGGUGGGAAGGUAUGGAGAAUGGUAAUGGACACGCUAAUGGUAAUGGGGCGUCAAAUGGACACAUAGAGCCUCUUAGGUCCAUCUCUUAUAGACCCCGAGGUGGAGGAGCCCAUAUACGUUAUACCCCAGCUGAUAGGCAUCCUCGGUGCCAGUGUAGGGCCACGUAUGCCUACCCCAAUGAGCUAGUGCUAUCCCUGGAUGAUGAGCGUCGCCAGCUGAAGGACGCUAACUUCACUUUGUCUCAGGACGUAGAGGAGCUGAGUAUCAUGGUGGACACUCAGUUCGACCGUAUAGCCGAUUUAGAGGUUAGGCUAACUGCUGAGCAUCAUUUGCUGGAGGCUGCUCGUUUGGAGAUAGAGCGACAGAAGUCUAGGGCGACUCGACUAGCCGAGAGGAUGCGUGAUAGGAGUGCAGGCAUCAGGGCUGAUGCCUCAAUGAUGAUAGAUGAGGCCACGAGGUUAGAAUAG